AUGGCACCGAAGAAGGAGCUCAGAACUCAGGAGCCAGAAGGAGCGAAACCCAUUCCACUGGACAGCUUUCUGAAGUAUGCCAAUGUGUUCUAUCUGUCGAUUGGAAUGCUGGCCUACGAUCACAAGGACAGUGGCAAAAGGAAGGAGCAAUUGCUCCACUGGAUGUUCGUGGGUCAGAUGCUGAACCUGAAUGCAGUGCUCAUCUCGGAACUGAUCUACGUAUUCCUGGCGAUCGGCAGGGGUAGCAACUUCCUGGAGGCCACCAUGAAUCUAUCCUUCAUUGGUUUUGUGGUCGUUGGGGAUCUGAAGAUCUGGCACAUUUGGCGUCAGCGGAAGAGACUCACGCAAGUGGUGAACGAACUGGAGCAUUUGCACCCGGUGCGCUUGGAUCAGCAGUCGCCCUAUAAUGUAAAGUACCACCUGAGUGGCUAUAGCCGAUAUAGCAAGUUCUAUUUUGGCAUGCACUUGGUGCUGAUCUGGACCUACAACCUCUAUUGGGCCGUCUACUAUCUGAUUUGUGACUUGUGGCUGGGAAUACGUAAAUUCGAGAGGAUGCUGCCCUACUAUUGCUGGGUGCCCUGGAACUGGAGCACUGGAUCUAGCUACUAUUUGAUGUAUGUCUCGCAGAAUUUGGCCGGGCAGGCGUGUCUCUCUGGUCAGCUGGCAGCGGAUAUGCUGAUGUGCGCCCUGGUCACUCUGGUGGUGAUGCACUUCAUCCGCCUUUCGGGACACAUUGAGGGGCAUGUGGCGGGAGUCGUGUCACCCAAGCGGGACAUGGAGUUUCUCCAGGCUGUGGUGGCCUAUCAUCAGAGGUUAUUGGUAUUGUGUCAGAACAUCAACGAGAUCUUCGGCGUCUCGCUGCUGUGCAACUUCGUGUCCUCGUCCUUCAUCAUCUGCUUCGUGGGUUUCCAGAUGACCAUCGGUGGCAAGAUCGACAACCUGGUGAUGCUCGUCCUCUUUCUCUUUUGCGCCAUGGUGCAGGUCUUCAUGAUAGCCACACACGCCCAGCGGCUCAUCGAUGCGAGUGAAGAUAUUGGUCAAGCGGUCUACAACCACGACUGGUUCCAUGCUGACUUACGUUACCGCAAAAUGCUAGUUCUGAUUGUCAAGAGGGCCCAACGACCCAGUCGCCUGAAGGCAACAAUAUUCCUCAAUGUCUCACUGGUCACCGUAUCGGAUCUCCUACAACUAUCCUACAAAUUCUUUGCUCUUUUGCGCACAAUGUAUAGCACCUGA